AUGGCUGAUAUCUACAGUUUAGCAGCGGGAGUGAUUGUUUGGCUGGGCAAAGACGACGCCAGCAGUAAGGUGACUAUGGAAACGUGCAUGAUCCUUGGUACCAAGGUUGAGGUUGAAUUCAACAGAGAGAAGAAACUGAGAAGCCUGAUUGAUGGCCCGGAUGAUGCUCAUUGGGUCGACAUGAGACAACCGCUUCCAUACGACUUCGCAACAUGGCAGGCGAUCCUAGAUUUUCUGCGCCGACCGUGGUUCCAUCGCCUCUGGAUUUGGCAAGAAAUAAGUCUAGCCAAAUCGAAUGCUGUCAUUAUGUGUGGCACCGACACGAUGCUAUGGAAACGACUCCGCACAUUGCUAGAUUGUAUUGUCUAUAAGCACUGCCUAAUUCCAUUUGUAGGCGAUGAGACUGAAGACGCAAGUGUGUUCGUGUCGAACGCGUAUAAUCUAGCAAGGGGCAUGGAAGUUUCGCUUUUGGAUCUGCUUGCAUAUAUGCGACGUGCUCAAUGUCACGAUCCACGAGACCGGGUAUACGGUAUCUACAGAUUAUCAUUCAAGAUUGGCACGGGAACAGACCUACGACCCGAUUACAGCAAGCCAAUAGUGGACGUGUACAUGGACCUUAUGAUGGCCUCAAUGCAGAAGUUGAAACGUCUUGACUUGUUGUCCCUAUGCAGAUACGAGGAAACGAGAGGAAAGUGGCCAUCCUGGAUACCUUGUCUCAUGGACUUGGAAAAGGGGCGUCACAUACCCUCGUUUGCGUCUGGGAAGUCAUGCUGUGAGGUAGAACUGCUGGAAAACAGGAUACUGCGGAUGACCGGAAUACGUCUGAGUCAAAUCACCAUGGUAGAUGAGUUUGAUGCGUCUUAUGAAAACACUCAAUCUGUGAUCCGACGGUGGGCGGAGAUAGCUACGUGCCCGGAUUCAGCAGCAAUGAAGGGUUCUUAG